CCUGUCGCAAAAUUGUCCAUGUUUUUUCUUUUAAAACAGCAAUUUCAUCGUAGUACUCUGAAAAUUAGAGUAACGGUGGUCAAUUAAUUAAUUGAUGAGCUGUUUCCUCACAAAAGCAGUUUAUUUAGCAAAAGGAGGCAUCACCCCCAUAGACAUCCGUUUAAAAAAAAACACUUGCCAGUGUCCCGUCCAUAGAAUAUCCGCCGAGUAAUACAUUUUGUUGCUAACUUAGUAGACACAUUUGUAGAAGGGCUCUGUCUGAUGAGCGAAUUUCAGAAAGUACUAAAACGAGCGACACGAAUUAUGACAUUUAGUAGUGUUUCAUUUUGGAAAAUGUAAAAAUAUACGGCUGCUUAUUUAAAAGAUAAUUUAUAAUAAAACUAAACGAGAAAAUCACAGUUUGAAUUAAGCAGAAUUUAACCACAGAUACUGGAGAACAACUACCCCUUCUACAUACGAAAUGGUUCGGUCAGGCGUUUGGAUUGUCCAAUACAUGAUUUGAAUUUUCCACAUACGGAUUUUAUUUAGAGCAUUUAAUGUUGCAUUUGUUAGCAGUUCUUUGCUUUAUAAAUUGAUUAGAAAUAGAACUAAACGCAUGAGCUUGGAUGGACUUUAUUUGUGAAAUGAAUUCUUACACCCCCGCCCAAAUUAGUCUCAACCUGCCACUUCCUUGUUUUUCAAAAGUUUUAUUUUGAAAAAAGAAAGAAAAGUUGGUUGCGUUUUCGGCUUCUUCCUUCCUAAAGAUCCACCUGUUCAAUCAUCAGAGUCACUUGUGUAUUUAUCUCUAACCAAUUAAACGCAUGAAGAGUUUUGAUGGUUUGUGACAGUAGCUAGCUCGCUGGCUGGCUCUUGAUUUUGGAGGUGAGAAGAGCAGAGUUUGAUCGAGGCAGAAUGCUAUCCGCCAGCGCUGCCAACGACGAGGAUUUCAGCCUCAGGUUUCCACUGCAUGUUCUCGUCUGGGAGAAUGACUACAGGAGGCUGGAGAAAGACAUACAGACGAACAAUAUAGAAGAGGUGGACCCGAGAGGUCGAACCCCUUUGCAUCUGGCUGUCUCGCUAGGACACCUGGAAUCAGUUAGAGUGCUGCUGAGACAUAGUGCUGAUGUUACCAAAGAAAACAGCAAACAUUGGACAGUGCUACAGGAGGCAGUCAGCACUGGAGAUCCAGAGAUGGUGCAGCUAGUGCUCCAGAGGCGAGAUUAUCUCAAAGCCUCCACUGCGCUGGGCGGCGUUCCAGAGUUACUGUGCAAGAUUCGAGAGUCUCCAGAUUUCUACAUGGAGAUGAAGUGGGAAUUUAAUAGCUGGAUCCCUCUCGUGUCUCGCGUGUGUCCCAGCGACGUGUGCAGAAUCUGGAAGAGUGGAGCUUGUCUUCGGGUGGACACCAACUUGCUGGGCUUUGAAAACAUGACCUGGAUCCGAGGAAGAAGAAGCUAUGUCUUCAGAGGAGAGGACAAUUGCACAGAGCUAAUGGAAGUUAAUCACGAGGAAGAGGUGGUGGACACGGAACGCUUUGAUCUCUCACGUGAGAUUGAAGACGUCACACUCGACUCCAUGCAGCCCGCCGAACAGGAAGUAGCCAAGAGGCUGACCACACCCAUUGUCAACACAUACCUGGACACAAAGGACAUUGCGUUUGAGAGGUGUAAGUCAGGUAUCUGGGGUUGGAGGUCGGACAGAACAGAGGUAGUAAAUGGAUUUGAAGCUAAGGUUUUUUCUGCGAACAAUGUGAACGUUGUGAUACGCACCAGGACGGAGCACCUCACAGACGAGGAGAAGGCCAGGAUAAAAAGUGAAAGGAAUGUUCUGGAAUCUUUGCUCGGCACAGUAGAACAACAGAUUGGUGCUCAAGGGGACAUGACUAUGGAGUUUGCCACAGCUACAAACCCCACAGCCAUCACUCAAGAGGAGUACUUUAACCCCAACUUUAACCUGCAGGGCAGAGACAUCGGCCGACCCAUUGAGCUCACCAUCAGAACACAAAAGUUUAAAGGCACUCUGUGGAUGAGUGAGGAGCAUCCUCUGUCUCUGGUGGAGCAGGUCACUCCCAUUAUUGACCUGAUGGCCCGCACCAGCACUCACUUCGCCCGUCUCAAAGACUUCAUCAACCUUCGGUUUCCCCCUGGCUUCCCUGUAAAGAUCGAAAUCCCACUGUUCCACGUGUUGAAUGCCCGCAUCACUUUUGGAAACGUCAACAAGUGCAGUACAGAUGAACCUCUGGAUGUCAAUCAAUCAUCAUCUUCAUCCACGCCUACAGAGGAAAAAUGUGGAGAUGGAGAGGGCAACCAGGCAUCAGGACCUGCUUUGUUCCAGGUAUGUCCAUCUGUGUUUACGGCACCUGCACACUAUCGCCUCAGAGGGGGCUACCACCACUCAAACACACGCCAGUACAACCCAGCCAGUCAUGAUGAAGAACUUCUUCAGUACGCCAUUCACCAGAGCAUACUGGACUCCAGUGGACUUAAUACACAGGACACUUGGAGUGAUUCCGAUGGAAUGUUGACACAAAACGUGGAGAACAGGUUGAGUGAUGGGUCCGGUUCUGAGGGAGUUCUAGUAGAUCUUAGUGACACCACACCCUCAAGCUCUGGCUCCACCUCUAGCCCCGAAACUGAACUGCGAUUGGCAAUGGAGCUCUCUGCCCGGGCACUGGAGGAGGAGGAAAAGAGAAGGAAUGAAGAAGAGGAAGAAUUAGAAAGAAUUAUACAACUCUCACUAUCAGAAAAAUAACAGGGUAAGAUGAGAGAUGGAAAGAAAAAGGGAUUAUUGUCUGUUAUUGCCAUAAUCGUUAAACUUUUUUAUUUAUAACCCUCUGUUCUGUCUUGCCACUGACAAACAUAUGACUACAUAUGUAUUUAUGUAUUGUUGAAUAUGGAGCCGAUCAGAAAGAUUCUUGUUCCUAAUUCCAUUUUUUUGUUUGUUUUUUUUUUUUUGCACAAGACUUGUAUAUUUUACAAUUCAUAUGGGCUUCUUUUUCUUUUCCUCCUCAAAAGAGAUGAUCAUGCAGUCUUUAGCAUGUGUUUUACACAAAGAAAUUCAGCGCUGCUUCUUUAAGAUUAUGUGGUGGAAAGGUAAUAUGAUGUCCUUGAAAGUCCAAACGUGUGUGUGUGUGUGUUUGUGUGUGUGUUUGUUUGUUUUUGACAGAAAAUAUCAGAGCAUUAACAUUAGCUUUAGUUUUAUAUUAAUACAAUAUCUCAGGGAUCAACUGGUCAUCAGAUGUUUGUUCCUUUUAUCACAGCCAAGUAAAAGAGACAAAUGUUUUAUACAAAACAGUAGGGCAAUACAAUUCUUAAAAGGUCAGUUUGCUCAUAAAUUUGAAUUCUAUCAUUGUUUGCUCACCCUAAAGUUGUUCCAAAUCAUUUUGACUUUCUUCUGUGGGACACAAAAGGAAAUGUUAAGCAGAAUGUUUGGGACUGACAACCUCAGUUCCCAUUUACUUUCGUUGUUUGGUAAAAAGCAGCAUCAACGGAAGAAAGUGAGUCAUUCUGGUUUGGAACGACACUAGGGUGAGUAAAUGAUGCCAUCAUUUUUGGGUGAACAAACACUUUAACGUGUGCUAUUGUCAUUAGACAACUGACAGAAGCAUCUCUACUGUAAAGGCAAUAAUUUACACCACGGUGCCUCCCCAGAGUAAAAAGGCACUUGCACAGACCGUAAUAUUACUGACAUGGGCUAUAAAAUGUAAACAAGUACGCCUCAGUACUUUUAGUCUGCCUAAUUUGUAAAUCAUACAAUUAAAUGGCUAAUACCAUCGUAACUAUCUUUUAAUGCAAAGCAUGAAUGUGGCAGUACUGGGUCUCUUUUCUGGCACCAACACAACCUCAUUCAACACUAAAGGACUAGCAGAAUGUGAAAGGAAAACCAGCUGUAUGUUUCAGAAGGUGUUGUCAAAAUGAUUGAUUGUGGUUAGGCAGCAUUGUUGUGUGACUGAGGUUCUAAUGUGGUAUAAAUGUGGUAGAACCUGCCCUGCAGUAUUCAGUAAUCAAUGCUUCAGUGGUACAGCAGUGUAUCCGGCUGCUCUAUAGGUAAUCACGCACUGUUCCUUCCUCUUGUAGCUGACAGUGCUAUAUAUUUGGUCAAAUUAUUUUCUUGAAUGUUAUUUCUUUUGUUGUCUUCUUCCUGUGAGUGUUUUUAAAGCCUUGUGAGACUAAAACAUUUAAAGGUAUUGUUACUUAAUGCUUGCAGUAUCUCUCUCACUACUUUUGUAUGAACCAGUGUGUGCUUGAAAUGAUUUUAACAGUGUCACCUUAUGAUGUGACAUGAAUAGAAAGUCAUUAUUCUGCUUUUCCAGGAUGGUGGGUGUUCACAUGCAUUUAAAAUGGGCAUUUCUAAAGGUUUUUUUCUUCCGUGUUUAAAUAUCCACACAACAUUAUUUCUGGACACAGAAUUCAAAUACGUUCAUUAUUUAAAACUUAAUUAAACUUGUGGUAUUUUCUUGGGUCUAAGUCUUAACCCUAACUAAUUGCCAAAAAUGUUUAAUGAUCAUUACCCUGUUAGCAGGGGCUUGAUUUUUGGUUAAUUGUCAUGCUGCAUAAUGCAACUUAAAACCCUGUCUGAGCAUGUUAAAGAAAUCCUGAAGGCAUUUGUAAUCUGUGAUGUAUGUAUGAGGAAAAAAAUGUUUUUACUUCAAUAAAAGCACUUUAUUGACUUGAUGGCACUUUAUUAACUAUGACACACAUUACAUGACAAAGGCAAAUCAGGCUUUACACAGGCUGACGACAAUAUCUAAAGGGUCUGGAAAAUAUUAAUCAUUCAAAAUGUCAUAUAGUCUGAAUCUCUUUGUAUUCUAUAUGGUGUUUUUAUUGAGGCAAAAUUGUGUAAAGAUAAUUCUCGUUUGAAGUAUUUUGACUAAAUUAAUUAAACCCUGCUGAGUUAUUGCUUAAUUUAGGAUAAGUAUUUAAAGGAAUAUUCCAGGUUCAAUACAAGUUAAGCUGAAUCGACUGAAUUAGUGGCAUAAUAUUGAUUACCACAAAGGUUUAUUUGGACUUGCCCCUCUGGGUAACAGUGAGGCACUUACAAUGGAAGUGAAUGGGGGAGAAUGUUAAAAUACACACCUUUGCAAAAGUAUAGCCACAAGACGUAAAGGAUAUGUGUGUUAAAAUGAUUUUAGUGUGAUCAAAUCAAUUGAUGUAAUGUUAAUUAACCCCUAAAACCCCUUAAACAACAGCUCAAAUAAUGCAUGAGUUUGAACAGAAGAAUUCAUGUACGUGUUUUUAUAAAAUUACAAGCUUUACAUUUCUGCCUUUAAACCCUCCAGAAAGUGGCACAUUCACUUCCAUUGUAAAUUUUUUUUUUUUUUUUUUUUGUGGCAAUCAACAUAAUGCAACAAAUGCUGUCGACUGGGCUUAACUUGUAUUAACCCAGAAUAUUCUUUAAUCUAUUUAUUUUAUGUGUAUUAAAUGUUUAUUGCUAGAAAAUGAAAUCACACAGGGUUUUUCUGUAUUUAGACUAUGUUUCCCAAUUGCUGUUGUGAUGCAAAAAUAGCGAACCUCAUAUAUAUGUGUGUGUGUGUGUGUGUUUUUUUUUUUUUUUUAAUUUUAUUUUAUAUAAUAUCACAGACUUCACACCUAAGGUGGACAACAACUUUCUCAGAAGGUUACGCACAUUCUUUUACUGCUACUUAGUUUCAAUUUUGUGUUCUAUUCAUGAUAAAUUUGAUCUAUUACUUUUAAUUCAUACAUCUCCUAAGAGAGAUGCCUCUGACAAAGGCAUUUUUGUUGAGUAUGGAGUUGAUAUUACAACGAUCUGGUUUGUUAUCUAAAAUAAAUUGGUAAAAAAUUAUUUUACUUUGAUCUUGUCAAUUUUGUUUUCAGAAUUUUAUUUCAUUACAUUUCUUGCUCAUUUUGUCACAUCCAUUUACUCAAAGCUUCUGGUAAUAUAGACUCCACUGUGCAUCAUGAGUUUGUCACAGAAACCCACAGAUGGGGCUGUUCUAAUGCACAACAAGUCUCUGUAUCUCUAGUUUAUGGUUUUCUUGAAUGCUCUUGUAACAUCUGUGUUCUAAAUA